UGGAGUGCUGAAGAUUCCUCUAGUGAGUCUGUUCCAGCUCAUUCCUUAGAAAGGCUGUGUAUGAAAGCUCAGAGAAGAGGCCAGUAGAUCUGGGUUUUGUCCAGGGGUCUCUGGGUUUAAAGCUCUCUACAACCACUUGAGCUCAUUUUCUCUGUGACUUGGCUGGGUGCAACUUCUUUCUCUGCCCAAGCUGUUAAACACCCAAACCUUUACUUUUUGGAAUUCUUUUAGUUGCGUGACAGAUACAACCUACCCUGUUGCAAAAAUGGAAGCUAUCAAGAAAAAGAUGCAGAUGUUGAAGUUAGACAAGGAGAAUGCCAUCGACAGAGCAGAACAGGCUGAAACAGAUAAGAAGGCAGCUGAGGACAAAUGCAAACAGGUAGAGGAUGAGCUGAUGGCACUGCAGAAGAAGUUGAAAGGAACCGAAGAUGAGCUGGAUAAGUACUCCGAGGCGCUCAAAGAUGCCCAGGAAAAACUAGAGCAGGCUGAGAAGAAGGCCACUGAUGUACGUACCUAA